UUUGGCGACUCUUGCCAGUUGCGGCGGCGCGUUUUGUCUGCCUGACCACUGGCCGAGAGUGGCUGGAGGUGGUCGUAGUCGUGCAUUCUGUCGCAAUCGCAGCUCGGGAGCGCUCAUCCCGCAUCGCUCGCUGCCCGUCGCCGGGCUCUCCGUGACACUCGACUUUUCCCGCCAAAAAAUUCGCGCCCUUGUUACUUUUUUUUUAAACUACGAUUUGUUACUGAAAUAUUUAAUUAAUGCAGUGAUCGAUUUUAUUUUGUGAUGCGUUCUUAUAUUGCUUUCGUUUUGUUCUUUGUGUUUUUGCCGAAGUCUACGAAGGCGAUACGAUGGUUAGCGUUGCAUGAAAGCGAAGGCAACUGGACGGAGAGCUCGUGCGUGGAGGCUCGUCGUGCGGGCUGGCUGUGGGGCGGGCAGGCGCGCGCGUGUCGGCGCCAGCCCUCCGCCAUGCCGCACGUGGCGGGAGCCGCGCGCCUCGCCCGCGCCGCCUGCCUCGCCGCGCACCAGGGCGAGCGCUGGAACUGCUCCUCCAUACAGCUGGCGCCAAGAUACACCCCUGAUCUGCUAACGGGCACUCGCGAGCAAGCGUACGUGUAUGCAAUGUCUGCGGCUGCACUGACGUGGUCGGUGGCACGCGCAUGCGCGGCGGGCUCGCUGCCGGCUUGCUCAUGCGCUGCACCUCCCCGCGCGCCCCCGCGACCUCCGCGCCAAGCUCAGAUCACACCCGCUGAACCACACGCACGAUUCAAAUGGGGGGGAUGUGGAGACAACUUUCAAUGGGCAGAGAGAUUCGCGAAGCAGUUUUUGGAUGCACACGAAAUAGACGUUCGAGAGGGGAAGGUUGAAAACAUUCUAGAAAUAGAAACAACAACUACAGAAUUACCUACCACUACAACAACCAUGGAGCCGACGACAAUGCCUCCUGUGGUCAUCCUCGUGGACGACCAGCCGGCGCCAGCCAACACCAGCGUGGCUCCGAAGACGAGGAAGAAGGGACGUCGCGGACGGAAGCGUUUACCGCGCUCACCGCGACGAGGAAGACCCACUCGGAAAAGGUUCAGAUCUAGGCCGAGGUACGAAUACGAAGAUAGAAGUUCAAGAUACCGUAACAUCGAAUACCGGAUGGCAGCCGACGACCCCAGAUUCGAUCCACAAGUGGAUUUGCGGACGCGGCUUGAACGACUACGAGAGCUCAUUGCGUCCGCUAAUCUAAUGAAUGGACGGUUUGGUCGGAAGGCGGUGUCAGCAGGCAUGCGCACGAAGUGCACGUGUCACGGCGUGUCGGGCUCGUGCUCGGUGCGCACGUGCUGGCGCGCGCUGCCGCCGCUGGCGCGCGUGGCGGCGGCGCUGGCGGCCGAGGCGGCGCGCGCCGGCCCGCUGCGCCCGCGCGCCCGCCACGCGCGCCGCGCCCGCGCCCGUCUGCGCUACGUCACGCCCAGCCCCGACUACUGCGAGCCCGACCCCGCCGCCGGCUCGCUCGGCACGCAUGGAAGGAAGUGCAACGCGAGCAUAGGCAGCGGGCCGGGCGGUUGCGGGCGGCUGUGCUGCGGGCGCGGGCGGCGCGGUGUGCGGAGCAGUCGGCUCGAGCGCUGCCACUGCCGCUACCACUGGUGCUGCCGCGUCGACUGCCAGCUGUGCCGCCUCACCACCGAGGAACAUUACUGCAACUGAUCUCCUAAACUCACAAGUUAUUCACUUAACACUCGCCAAAUAACCACCAUCGAAACUAAAACGUCCUUUGGCAAAAUACAAGUUUUGUGAGCCCUACAUGAUCCAAGAUAUAGCCACGGUUAAAUUUUUCAUAAAACUUAAUUAUUCAAUAGAUAUUAUAAAUUUUACUGUUGGUACUCUUUAAAUUGUAGAGACCGUUGCGUCGCCAGUUCAAACAAAUAAAGGAUACAGUGAGUGUUCCAGUCCAGAUUACCAAAGAUUGAUUAGAUUAAUAUUGACAUUAUACCUAGUCAUUUUACCUUCGUAAGUGUAGGUUCUUCAUGUUUGUAAACCACUGCCGUUUUACUGGUAGGUAUUAGAUGGAUUCUUCCUUUAAUAUUUAAUGUC